UGGGACAACCCUGAGAAAGGAGGAACGGCCGCGCUCUGUCCUGACCUUCUGGAGAAGGUCAUGCUCCAUUUCAGCCUGAGACACAGGGCUGACUCACUUGACCAGGAGCGAAGGGAAAAUAUUAGAUCAUGUCGGAGUUCUGGCUAAUUUCUGCCCCGGGAGAUAAAACAAAUCUGCAGGCAUGGGAGAGGAUGAACACGGUGACGUCUAAAUCCAACCUGUCCAGCAACAGCAAAUUCCAUAUUCCAGACUUAAAGGUGGGGACACUGGAUGCUCUUGUUGGUCUGUCAGAUGAGUUGGGAAAACUUGAUAGCUUUGCUGAAAGCAUAAUAAAGAAAAUAGCCCAGUACAUAGGAGAAGUUAUGGAAGACUCAAAAGAUAAAGUCCAGGAAAAUCUUCUGGCCAAUGGAGUUGACCUAAUUAGCUACCUGACACGGUUUGAAUGGGACAUGGCCAAAUAUCCCAUAAAGCAGCCACUGAAGAAUAUAUCAGAAGCAUUAGCAAAGCAAGUGACUCAAAUAGAAGCAGACCUGAAGACCCGAUCAGCUGCAUACAACAACAUUAAAGGAAAUUUGCAAAGCUUGGAGAAAAAAACUGUGGGAAAUCUGCUGACUCGGACCCUAGCAGACAUCGUGCAUAAAGAAGACUUUGUUCUGAAUUCCGAGUAUCUUAUCACGCUGCUCGUCGUGGUGCCAAAGUCAAGCUAUGUACAGUGGCAGAAGACCUAUGAAUCCCUCUCCGAUAUGGUAGUGCCUCGCUCCACCAAAAUGAUUGCUGAGGAUGCAGACGGAGGACUCUUCACCGUGACGCUGUUUAGAAAAGUGAUGGAUGACUUCAAGGCUAAAGCCAGGGAGAACAGGUUCAUGGUUCGAGAAUUUUAUUUUGAUGAGAAGGAACUGAAAUGUGAAAAGGAAGAGCUGAUGAAAUUAGCUUCCGAUAAGAAACAACAAUACGGCCCGUUACUGCGCUGGCUGAAAGUGAACUUCAGCGAAGCAUUUGUGGCUUGGAUUCACGUGAAAGCAUUGAGGGUUUUUGUUGAAUCUGUCCUGAGGUACGGCCUCCCAGUGAAUUUCCAAGCAAUGCUGCUGCAGCCAAAUAGGAAGUCUGUAAAACGCCUGAGAGAUGUCCUAAACGUGGUCUUCAAACACCUGGAUGAAGUGGCAGCAGCAAGUAUAAUGGAUGUACGUAUUUGGACUACGGCUGCACGUCUGAGUAAUCAAGAAUACUAUCCUUACGUCUAUUUCAAGAUUGACCUCAGUCUUCUUGACUGCAGUUAA